GGGCAAGGCAGUACGAGAUUUCUUCCUGCCUUUGGCGGAAAUGGCUUUGUUUUGUUUGUCAAGAUGGCGGCGGGCAUGUACUUGGAGCAUUAUUUGGACAGUAUCGAGAACCUCCCAUUUGAACUGCAGCGGAAUUUCCAGCUGAUGCGAGACUUGGAUCAGCGGACAGAAGAUUUGAAGGCAGAGAUUGACAAACUAGCAACAGAGUACAUCUCCAGUGCCCGCACGCAUACAUCGGAGCAGAAGUUGGCAUUGCUGAAACGGAUACAGGAUGCAUACUCAAAGUGUAAAGAAUUUGGAGAUGAUAAAGUACAGCUGGCCAUGCAGACAUACGAGAUGGUGGACAAGCACAUCCGGCGCCUUGAUACUGACCUUGCACGAUUUGAGGCUGAUCUGAAAGAGAAACAGAUAGAGUCAAGUGAUUAUGACAGCUCCUCAAGCAAAGGGAAAAAGAAAGGCAGAGGACAUAAAGAAAAGAAAGCUGCAAGAGCCAGAUCAAAAGUGAAGAAUUCUGAUGAGGACACCCCCAAAAAUGGGCAGAAGAAAAUGAAGCUGGCGCACACCCAAGUAUCCAUCCUCACUUCAUCGCACGUGCAACUGGAUUUGAUGGGGGAGUGGAGGCAGGCAGCAGCUGUAUCAGGCUCCAAGUCUGGGGGAAAAAUUCCAGCCAGAUUAAUAGUCACACUGUUAUGGGCAGCAGUAAUAGAAGAUGUAGACUGUCCUCACACAGGAAAUAGGACUAAACUGCCUAAGUAUAGCAAAAAGUUUAAAAUGUGCUAA